AUGUCAACCAACUCUGGAAACAGCGGAGUCAAGAACCUUCGGGCUAUGUUCGAGAACAAAGCCAGCGAUCAAUCCACAUCCCCUCCGAGUCGAGGCCGGUCUCCAAACCCGUCGGAAAUAUCCAACCACAGCAGACCCGUCAGUAAAGUCCGUGCAAGCUUCGUUGCCGUUGAAAGACCCAGUGAGAACGGAGGCGCACCCCUGAUAGGCAUUCGAAGGGCCAGUGAAGUGAGCAGCAUGGGGGAGAUCAAAGAGAACGUUAUUGAGGACACGGAGAGUACAGAGAAGUCGCCUGCCGCGGCCGACACUAUGAAGAAGGACGAUGCAAAAUCGGCUCCACAAACGGCACGAUCUGCAAAUGAUGGUAUAGAUGAAGGUGGAUUGGGCAAUAUUCUCAAGGGAUCUGCUUUUGUUGAACAGACCCCUUCCAAGCUGUCUCCCGAGGCAGCAAAUCUCACUGAGGCAAUUGCAUCUGGUCGAAUACAAGAGAAGAUUCCUCGGCCGCUAUCAAAAUCAGGGAAUGAGUCGAACGCAGCAGAUAUGGUCAAGAAAAUGCAGGUCACAGAUGGAACCAUGCCAGGACCACCCCCGACCACCACCCUCCAGACUACCCAGGAUGCGCAACCAAUCAAGCCGCCGCCUACAAGGCAACCGAUCAAUAUCAAACCUAUUCCUAAAUCCCCCACUGUGACAAGGCCUUCUCCUCGAACCCCAACGUCACCAAAGCUUCAUAUCAAAGGGGGAGCUGCAAAAAUCAAGGGCGUGAUGGAUUCGGCAAAAGAAGCACAAAAAGCCAGAGAAGCAGCACGAAUAGGUGCCGAGAAAAAGGAAAAGACACAACCCUCUGCAGCAAAGAUAGAUACGAGUGCAAAAUCGAGAGCUGGGCCAGAAAACCUCAAGAAGGAGCAGACACCUAUAUCCCCAAAGGUUGUCAGAUCGCCGAACACAGUCAAAACGAAGCCGCCUACCGUACCCGGGAAACUCCCCGCUGCGGCUACUGCCACUACAGCCUCAACAGCUGCCAAACACGACGCACCGCAUUCACCGACCGAGCCAGAUCGCAAAUCUGUUGUGAAGAAACCGUCCACAUUGUCGACACGACAACCUCGAGCUAGUAGCUCGGCCAGCACAUUUUCAUUGGUGAAGAAGGCAUCUCGUACGUCACUGACAAACGGUCACGACAGACCAAAAUCUCGAGUUAGCACCAGUAGACCAGACGAAGGUUUCCUGGCUAGAAUGAUGAGACCUACUGCAAGCAGUGCACAGAAAGUCCACGAAAAAGUGCAGGUCAAUAGUCCGCCGAAGCACAAAACGGCGGCCCCAACCAAAAUCAGACAGUCUGCUAAGGAGAAGACACCGACAAAAGCACGUGUUGACACACCAACCAAGGCCGAAGAAGAGAACAAGGAGAACUAUCCCGAUCUUGAUGCGAAUGCUCUAAUCGACGUAGCACAGCCUUCACCGCUAGAAGUUGUCAAGGAGGAUCCCAUGAAUGGCAAUGCCGAAAAGGAGCCACUUGCUCCUGAGCCAACCGAGCUGGCACAGCAGGUCAAUGGUGAAGCUGGCGAGCAGGAUUGA